GCAUUUCUCAUCGUUUACGUCUCUCUAGUCUACCAUGGAGACACAGAGGAAGAAGCUUGCAAAGGUAAGCAUAAACUCACUUCCGGAUGAUUUGAUGAUGGAGAUACUCAAACGAUUUCGACUUAAAACCCUAAUCAGAUUCCUCUCCGUAUGUAAGCUCUGGGGUUCCAUAAUCCGCAGUCCCUAUUUCAUGAAAAUAUUCCUGAAUGAGUCUUUGAAAAGGCCCAAAAGUCUCGUCUUCGUAUUCAGAGCGGACUCUUUCUCUUUGCCUUUAACCUCUGCAUCUGUUCACUUCAAAAGUACACGUGAAGUAUCAUCAUCAUCUUCAUUUGCUUCUGCUUCUCCAGCCACUUAUCAUGUGACUUUUCCCGUCCGACAGCGCGCGACCGUUGCUCCUUCUGUCCACGGUUUGAUUUGCUAUGGACCACCUUCUAGCCUCGUGGUAUAUAAUCCUUGCACUAGACGAUCGGUUACCUUGCCCAGGGUCAGUGCAGGGAAGAGAGCCACAAACCAGUACUUAGGCUAUGAUCCCAUCGACAGUGUUUAUAAAGUGUUGUGCAUCGUGAGAAGAAUGCCUAUGCUGAGAAACAGACGCGGUUUAGCUGAGGAGAUAAUGGUUUUGACAUUGGAAAGUAAUGGGAGUUCUGCUUGGAGGAUGAUUCAAGGCAUUGUUCCUCCUCACUCUCCUUUAAGUGAGCAACUUUGCCUCAAUGGUGUUUUGUAUUAUCAGGCUUUUACUGGCACAAAACUAAAUGAGUGUGCAAUCAUGAGUUUUGAUGUUAGGUCUGAAAAGAUUGAUCUUAUCAAAGGACCUUGCAGCAAGUUUCGUAGCUUUUCAAAGUUGACAACCUACGAGGGGAAGCUGGCUGUUAUCUUCUUUGAAAAGAAAAUCAGUGGUAUUAUUGGUCUGUGGGUUCUAGAAGAUGCCUCUAAGGAGGAUUGGUCCAAGAAGACUUUUGCUUUGCCUAAAUUAGUUGCCUCCAAAACAAACCCUAUUUCUGAUCAUAGGUUUUGUGAGUUUCGCACCACCGACGCUGACACUGGUGAGAUUAUAUUUACACCAACCUUUCUGCAUUCAUCCGUACCUAGUGUUCUCUACUAUGAUCUGAAGAAAAAUAGUAUGAGAACUUUUGAAGUAGAAGGAAGAAGAACAGAGCAGUAUAUACGUUGUCAUUCAGACUCUGUCUCCUCUGCCCAGGUUGAGAAUCUCAUGUUUCUGUAAGAUCAGUUUCCGUGGUAUCAUUCAGUUCCCCAUCCCAUUUGCCUUCAAACAGUUUGUAGUUGUGUUCUAACAACUGGUUUUCUUAGACAGUUUUACAAUGAUCUAAUUUGUUUUUUUUAAGUUCAUCAAUCAUACCGACCAUCGUCUUAGGUUUUCAAUUGCUUGUAAUUUACAACAUUACCAUU